ACAUAAUACUCUCGUGGCCUCGCAGGUGUUGACGGGAAUCUGAGUCCAUGCGCGUUUUGGUUACACCUCCAGAAAGAUAAAUAACUACAACUCCCAGAAUAGGUUGUCUAUUCUCUCUCUCUCGCUGUCUUUGAUAAUGUACUACAGUAGCUCUGGUUUAGCUCUUGCAAACAGAACAAUGACUGUGCUGUGGAGAGAGUGUCAGUAGAAAACAGUGUUAUCGCACGGAUUUUUGUAUGUGUUUUGGUGUCGCUUUUUGCAUUUCUUUAUAAAUGCACCAAUCGUAAAAAAAAAAUGUGGAUACCUACAGAACAUGAGAAAUACGGCGUUGCGCUAGCCAGUUUUCGAGGAACUGUCCCACAUGGUGUAUCAUUGGAGAUUGGUGAUACAGUGCAGAUAUUGGAGAAAUGCGAAGGCUGGUACAGAGGGGUUGUUCUGAAGAAUCCAAAUACCAAGGGAAUUUUUCCAUCUAACUAUGUGCACUUGAAAAAUGCUAAUGUCAAGAACAAAGGGCAAUUUGAAACAGUCAUUCCGACAGAAGACUCUGUCAUUACUGAGAUGACCUCAACUUUGAGAGACUGGGGCACUAUGUGGAAACAACUUUACGUGAAGAAUGAAGGGGAUUUGUUCCACAGACUAUGGCAUGUAAUGAAUGAGAUAUUAGACCUACGAAGGCAAGUACUCGUAGGCCACCUAACUCUCGACCGGAUGAAAGAUGUAAAGCAGCACAUCACUGCACGUCUUGACUGGGGAAAUGAACAGCUGGGAUUGGAUUUGGUUCCAAGGAAAGAGUUUAGUAUGGUGGACCCGGAUGAAAUCAGUGUUACAGAGCUUUACAAACUGAUGGAACACCGACAUCGAAAAAAAGAACCCACCGUCCCAGCUAGCACACACCACUUGUUUGUGCAGAUGAAAAGCCUGAUGAGCUCUAACCUCGGAGAAGAGCUGGAGGUCUUCUUUUCCCUAUACGACAGCCGAGAGAACCGUCCAAUAAGUGAACGAUUCUUUGUACGAUUAAAUAAGAACGGCUUGCCAAAAUCACCAGAGAAAACUGAAAGACAGUGUACCCUUUUUGUAGAUUUGGGGAGUAGUGAUCUCAGGAGAGAUGUAUACAUUACUGUCCAUAUUAUAAGAAUAGGACGGAUGGGAGCAGGAGAGAAGAAGAACGUCAGCAGUGUGCAGUAUCGACGGCCGUUUGGAUGCGCAGUGAUCAGCAUUGCUGACCUGUUGACCGCAGACUCGAAGGAUGACCACAUUUUAAAAGUUUACAUGUGCAACACAGAAAAUGAAUGGUAUCAAAUACAGGAGAAUAUUAUCAGGAAAGUGAAUGCCCGAUACAACCUCACGGGCUCCAAUACUGGUCUUGCGGUUUCUCUUCAGCUGUUGCAUGGGGACAUUGAACAGAUCAGAAGGGAGUACAUGGUGCUGUUUACCCGGGGGGUGGCUAUAACAAAAAAACUGGGCUUCUCUGAUGUCAUUAUGCCAGGGGAAAUGAGAAACGAUUUGUAUAUAACAAUGGAAAGAGGAGAGUUUGAAAAAGGGGGAAAGAGCGUAGCGAGAAAUGUUGAGAUCACAGUGUAUGUGCUGGAUAUUGAUGGACAGAUUCUCAAGAACUAUGUCUCAGCAGGUUCGGGAGAGCCAGCAUUAAGCGAAUUUCACUCCUUUGUGCUGUAUCACAAUAACAGCCCCCGGUGGGCAGAGCUGCUCAAACUUCCUAUUCCUGUGGAUAUGUUCAGGGGAUCCCAUGUCCGCUUCGAAUUCAGGCACUGUUCCACGAAAGAAAAGGGGGAGAAGAAGUUAUUUGGGUUUUCCUUUGUUCCGCUGAUGCAGGAAGAUGGCAGGACUUUGCCAGAUGGUACCCACGAACUCAUUGUCCACAAGUGUGAAGAAAAUGCGAACCUCCAGGACUCUGCUCGCUACCUCAAGCUGCCGUUUUCAAAAGGAAAUCUCCCAGGAAGCAACCAAGCUGUGAAAACCACGAAGGAGUCCUUUUGGAUCACAUCCUUUCUCUGCUCUACUAAACUCACACAAAAUGGAGACAUGCUGGAUCUUCUUAAGUGGAGAGCCCAUCCUGAAAGGAUAACAGACAGUCUGUCUAAGUUGAAAGAGAUAGACGGUUCAGAAAUAGUGAAGUUUCUGCAAGACACAUUGGAUACAUUGUUUGGUAUUUUAGAUGAAAGCCCUCAGAAAUACGGGUUGAAGGUUUUCGACUGCUUAGUUCAUAUUAUCAAUUUGCUGCAGGACAGCAAAUUUCAGCAUUUUAAGCCAGUCAUGGAUACUUACAUUGAAAGUCAUUUUGCAGGAGCUUUGUCUUACAGGGACCUCAUUAAGGUGUUAAAGUGGUAUGUGGACCGAAUAGUAGAAGCUGAACACCAGGAACGCAUUCAACAGGUGCUCAAGGCUACAGAGUAUAUUUUCAAGUAUAUUAUUCAGUCUCGUCGCCUGUUCUCUCUUGCCACUGGUGGGCAGAGCGAGGAAGAAUUUCGUUGCUGUGUUCAUGAGCUCUUCAUGUCAAUCCGAUUCUUUCUUUCUCAAGAAAGCAAAGGAUCCAGUCCUGUUAUACAGACGCAAGCAGUAUUUCUGAAUACCUUUCCAUCUGUCUACUGCGAACUGCUGAAGCUAUUUAGUGUACAGGAAGUGGCUAACUUUAUACGAGACACAUUGGGCAGCUUGCCAGCAAUCACGCAUGCAGAUUGCCCCUUGGAAGCUGUCAAACUGCAGUGCAUUGCAAAAACGGUGGAGAGCCACCUGUACACCAACCCUGAUUCCCGCUGCAUUCUGUUACCAGUGGUUUUGCACCACCUCCACAUGCAUUUGCAGGAGCAAAAGGACCUUGUCAUGUGUGCACGUAUCCUUAGCAGUAUGUUUUCUCUCAUCAAAAAAGAUAGCACAGAAACAUCAGUCUCUGAAGAAAUAGAUAUGAUUGUGGAAAGCCUGUUGGGUGUGUUGCUAAGAACCAUAUUAGAAAUCACCAACCGACCACAGCCAGCCGGAACUGCCCUACGGUUGCAGUUCCAGGAUGUCACAGGUGAAUUUGUGGCCUGUCUGCUGGUUCUACUCCGACAAAUGACAGAUAAACACUACCAACAGCUUCUAGAAGGCUUUACAAACAAAGAAGAACUGAGGGAUUUCCUGCUGCAGAUCUUUACAGUGUUUCGGAUUCUUAUAAGGCCGGAAAUGUUUCCGAAAGACUGGACGGUCAUGCGAUUGGUGACCAACAAUGUAAUCAUCACGACAGUGUUGUAUCUCUCCGACGCUCUGCGCAAAAAUUUCCUGAAUGAAAAUUUUGACUACAAGGUUUGGGAUUCUUACUAUUAUCUUUCAGUCAUAUUCAUAAACCAACCAUGUCUACAGCUAGAGAUGUUUUCACCUUCCAAAAAGAAGAAGGUGUUAGAAAAGUACGGGGACAUGAGGGUCAUGAUGGGCUGUGAGAUCUUCAGUAUGUGGCAGAAUUUAGGAGAGCACAAGGUUCACUUUAUUCCAGCAAUGAUCGGUCCAUUCCUGGAAGUGACACUUGUUCCUCAGCCAGACCUGCGGAACGUGAUGAUCCCGAUAUUUCACGACAUGAUGGACUGGGAACAGAGGAGAAGUGGCAGCUUUAAACAGGUGGAAGCCAAACUUAUAGACAAGCUGGACAGCUUGAUGUCAGAGGGAAGAGGGGAUGAAACGUACCGGGAGCUCUUCAACAGCAUAAUACCUCUGUUUGGCCCGUAUCCUAGCCUGCUGAAGAAAAUCGAGAGGGAGACCUGGAGGGAGAGUGGGAUUUCAUUGAUAGCCACUGUUACACGGCUCAUGGAAAGACUGUUAGAUUACAGGGACUGUAUGAAGGUUGGGGAGGUAGAUGGCAAAAAGAUCGGAUGCACAGUUAGUCUUCUGAAUUUCUACAAAACAGAGUUAAACAAGGAAGAAAUGUAUAUACGUUAUAUACAUAAACUGUAUGAUCUACAUUUGAAAGCACAGAACUACACAGAGGCUGCCUACACACUUUUACUGUACGAUGAGCUGCUAGAAUGGUCUGACAGGCCUCUGAGAGAGUUUCUGAAUUACCCUAUGCAGACGGAAUGGCAGCGCAAAGAAUACCUGCAUCUCACCAUUAUUCAGAAUUUUGACAGGGGGAAAUGUUGGGAGAAUGGUGUAAUCCUCUGCAGGGAACUUGCAGAUCAAUAUGAGGCCUACUAUGACUACAGGAAUCUUAGCAAGAUGAGGAUGAUGGAAGCUUCCUUAUAUGACAAAAUAAUGGAUCAACAGCGACUGGAGCCGGAGUUCUUCAGAGUUGGGUUCUAUGGAAAGAAGUUUCCCUUCUUUUUAAGGAACAAGGAGUUUGUUUGCCGGGGACAUGACUAUGAGAGACUGGAGGCCUUCCAGCAGCGAAUGUUGAAUGAGUUCCCACACGCUAUCGCCAUGCAGCACGUCAACCAGCCUGAUGAGACCAUCUUUCAGGCAGAGGCACAAUAUUUGCAGAUCUAUGCUGUGAGUCCUGUCCCUGAAAGUCAAGAUGUUCUGCAGAGAGAUGGAGUACCUGACAAUAUCAAAAGCUUUUAUAAAGUCAACCACAUCUGGAGAUUCAGAUAUGACAGACCUUUCCAUAAAGGAACAAAGGAUAAAGAAAAUGAAUUCAAGAGCUUGUGGGUGGAACGGACCACGCUGACAUUAGUGCAGAGUUUACCUGGAAUCUCUCGAUGGUUUGAAGUGGAAAAACGAGAGCUGGUGGAGAUGAGUCCUCUUGAAAAUGCUAUUGAAGUAAUAGAGAAUAAAAACCUGCAGCUAAGAGCACUCAUAACUCAGUGUCAAGCAAGACAAAUGUACAAUAUCAACCCACUCACAAUGUGCCUGAAUGGAGUCAUUGAUGCUGCUGUUAAUGGUGGCCUUGCAAGAUACCAGGAGGCAUUUUUUGUGAAGGACUACAUUGUGAACCAUCCUGAGGAUGGAGAAAAAAUUGGACGUCUGAGGGAGCUUAUGUUUGAACAGGCUCAAAUUCUGGAGUAUGGAUUAGCUGUUCAUGAAAAGUUUGUACCUCAGGAUAUGAGACCAUUGCAUAAAAAGCUGGUUGAUCAGUUUCAUCUGAUGAAAUCAAGUUUGGGAAUACAGGAUUUCCCAGCAUAUGUUCAUGCAAGUCCAGUUCAUUUCACCAAUGGGAGUCCACGUGUAUGCAGAAACUCUGUGCCUAAUGUCAUAAGCCCUGAUGGUGCUAGAGUAAUCUCCAGACGCAGCCCUCUGAGCUACCCAGCCGUCAACAGAUACUCGUCCUCUUCCCUCUCAUCACAGGCCUCUAAUGAAGUAAGCAACAUCACAGGACAGUCAGAAAGUUCUGAUGAAGUCUUCAACAUGCAGGUCAUAUAUCAGGGAUUUGUGUUUCAGCCAAGUCCAUCUACCUCAAGCUUAAGUUCUACUCAUUCUGCCUCUCCAAAUGUGACCAGCUCUGCUCCAUCCAGUGCCAGAGGUUCCCCAUUGCUGUCCGACAAACACAAACAUUCCAGAGAGAACUUCUGCCUCUCUCCAAGAGAAAGGCCCUGCAGUGCCAUUUACCCAAACCCCUUGGAAGCCCCUCAGAGGAUGCUUGCUCAUCACAUAGGGGAUAACUCCUUACCAAGAAGUGAUCCAAAUAUUUCUGCACCAGACAAAGUAGUGAAUCCCACUCCAAGCAGCUGGAGUCUGGAUAGUGGUAAAGAAGCAAACACACAAUUUUCAGAAACUGUUGGAAAGUUGGUAUGUCCACCUGUACCACCCAGAACUCCACAACCAGGCUCUCCUGCAAAAAACAUGCAGCCUCUGUCUCCAGUACCUACCCUCAGAUCUCCACAAAAGCAGAGCUCUGUGCAGUCAUUUACUCCAUCACCUACCGAGUACCAGUCCUCUGGGUUGGUAUCCAACUCUCCGGUUCUGUCAGGAAGUUACAGCAGUGGGAUCUCGUCGCUGAGCCGGUGUAGUGUAUCAGAAACAUCUGGCACUGAAGCUCAACCGAGUGAUCAGAUGCUAACAACGUCAGCCUCCAGUGGUUCUGAUGAACUGACAAGAAGGGAGAAUAAAACCCCUCCACCUUACAGUGUCUAUGAACGUUCAAACUCAAGGCGACCAGUGCCACUACCUCACAGUCUCUCUGUUCCUGUCAGCUCAGAUCCACCAGCUCUCCCGCCAAAACCGCACCAGCUCCGACCCAACAAACUGGAACAUGAAGGCAAAAGAAGUGAACAAGUCUCGAGGCCUAGGCCUCUGCCUAGAAAAGUAUCUCAGCUGUAGCAGCUGAUUUAUUUUUUGCACUGUCACACUUUCCUUUUUUAUUAAUGUUUUAGGAAGAUCAUAAAAUUUAAAUUGUCUAGAUUUUUGCUAAAAUGUAAAUGGUCAACAUUUACACACAACUACAGUAUCUUUGGUAUAGCAGGCUAUGUUUAAAUGAACCCUUUGGAAUUAAAACAUGGUACUGUGAUUUGAAGACCUACAGAACUUUAAAAGAUGUCUAAUUGGUUUUGAUAGGUGUCAAAUUCUAAUUUAUUGUGUUUAAGGAUUUAGCACAGAUUUUUUUUUUUUUUGCCUUAAAUAUUUAACAAAAACAUUAACAAUGCUGUGACAGUAAGAUGAAUUGCUACAAGGCAUGCAAAUUAUUGGACACAGUUUAUUAGACAGCUAAAGGUGCUAGAUGUUUCUUAUAUUUCUUUAGGCAUAGUAUAGUUUCAAACAAUUCACCUGCCUGAAAACUAGUUUUAAAUUAGCGUUGUGGGCUAUUCUAAGUAUUGUGCCAAAGGAACAUUUUAUGUUUACUGGAACAAUAGAGUAGUAACUGGAAGUGAUCAGCCGAAGGAUGAUUAACUUUUACCGUGCGCAGUUAAAUGUGCUUUCCCAUUAAGUGUAUGUAAAAACAACCUUAAGCAUUGUCUUUCUGAUUGCAUGAGCCUUUAUACAGCAAUAGAAGUUAUGUAGUCCUGGGUUGAAGUAAUUUUAGACAACGCACAAAUGGGUUUUACAGUUAACCACAAGCAGUAUUUUUAACAGGUUUUCAACUAAACACAACAUGAAACAGUGACUUUAAAAGUAUGUUAGGACACUGAUGAAAUAACAAAUGUACUGUACUGUAAGAUUUCAUAAAUUCCUAUUUUAAAACUUCACAAUUGUUACCAUCUGCCAACACCCAUUACAGAAAAGGGCUUUCCCCCCCUUUAAGAAUCAAACUUGAUGCAUUCUAUUUGCAGUGCUUUUGUCAAUUUUAAGUAAAGCAGUGUUUAGCUACUUGUUUGUACAAAAUUGUGUGAGCUACUGUUUAAUUGUUCCGGGGGAACAUUGUUGACAAAAUGUACUGUAAAAUUAAUUUUCAGAUUUACAGUAUUAGGGUGAAUUACACCCAUGCUUUGGACGCGAUUCAUUGUGAGAAUUUUUUUUUUUUAAUAUUUCAAUGGACCGUGUAUAUUGAUUGAUUGAUUGCUUAAUUUAAACAAAGUGACCAGUUUUUUUUUUUUAAUACUAAAUAUAACAUUCUUAAUAGGUUUUAAUUUUUGUAUGGUUUAGUUAUUUUUGUGUGAUUGCAAUUAAAUAGUUACCAGAAUCAGUACAUGUGAAAAAAACCGGUCAAAUUACAAAGAUGAGAUUGUUGUAAGUAUGCCAAAUAUGUAUUACAAUUCUUGUACAUAAUGUGUUUUUAACAAAUGUAGCCAUAUUGAAUUUACAGCUUUGAAUGUUGCAAGAACAAAUUAUAACUAUAAAUGUUAAAUACGUAUAUGUUUUAGUGAGGAAAAAACAAUAGACUUUAACUGCACCUAAUGUGUUUACUUGUUUAAGUAACUACUACAAAAAAUGGUUUAAUUUUUCUUUUGACAAGCAAAUGUUUUGCAUUAAAUAACAUUUCAUAUUCUUUGCUUAAAUUAAAAGUACUUUGUAUUUUAUUAGAAAUGGGUCACAAUAUUCAUACUGUAGAAAAUCUGCUGUUUGUUGUACAAAUAGUGUUAAGUAUAGCCAUGUUUAUAUUUGGUGACUGCACACUGUAGGAAAGAUAUUAUAUGUGAUUUCUUUUUAUGUUUUAUGGAUGCACAAAUUGUCUAUGAAAGAAUGUUCAAUUGGAAAUAAAAUAUGAUUUUAUAAAACAAAACAACAAUAAAAUUAACCCCUAUAAUGCAGAA